AUGCCCAAAAUACCAUCGGAUGCGAUCGACAAGUACUUCGGCCUACAGCUGGGGCUGAUGAAAUUCGGCCAGCUCAAGUUAGACAAGGUCAUGCCGUCGAAAUAUAUCAGGAAAUUGAACGAUCCAGAUUACCGGCUCCGAAAAUACCAGAAGCAAGUUCGUGACCAGCAAUGCGGAACCACAGAAGAUGCCAGCCAGAGAGAGUGGUAUCAGUACGCGGGCCUUGAAAAGGGGCAGAUUCGUCUACUUCAUAUUCUCCCGGGACCACCAGACGGGUCCAAAAUCGAGUGCAAGCUGGUCACGCGAUCAUUCGACGACGCCGAUCCAUUCCACUACGAAGCCCUCUCGUACACUUGGGGCGAUCCCUCGGUUGUUGAAUACAUUUCUUGCGAUGGGAAGACCUUGCAGGUUACGGUGAAUCUUUGGACUGCGCUCCAUCACAUUCGCCAUCCCUCGAAAGAGAAAGUCAUGUGGAUCGACGCCGUGUGCAUCAACCAGGGCGACAUCGAUGAACGCAGCUCGCAGGUUCGCAUGAUGGAAGAAAUCUACCGCCGCUCCUCGAUCGUCGUCGUAUGGCUUGGAGACGGAGGGCCAGAAGUCACCGAGGCAUGGAACCUCAUGCAACGCCUUGACGAGUCAAAGAGAAAGAUUCCCCCGAACCAGAUCCAAAUCUGGCAGAACGAGCUUGCCGACUACGGACUACCACCAGCCAAUGCACCCGAGUGGGAAACUCUAGAUGCUCUACUUUGGCGACCCUGGUUCGUGAGGAUAUGGAUCGUGCAGGAAAUCACGCUGGCAAGAGACGCCGUCGUCCUCUGUGGAAACGAGACUAUUUCCUGGGAGAAGUUCCUCUGGAUUAUUUGGUUUCUACGCCUGCGUAAUCUGGAGGGGACAUACAAUCUCGACGUCUCCCCCGCCUUUCGGCUGGGCGUCCUUGGUUCUGCCCACAGUUCCGGCCGACCACUUCCCCUUCUCGAGUUGUUAGGAUUGUUUCGACGGUCGUUGGCCACAGAUCCUCACGACAAAGUGUACGGAUUGCUAGGCCUGGCAACCUCGCAUGAGGUGGAAAUUGAUUACAAGAUUCCGUACUCGCAACUAUAUCUCGACGUUGCCAAGUCGGUUAUGAAGGACUCACUAGAUAUCUUGAGCCAUGUUGAAGACACGAAUUGGAAAGAGGGGACCGACAUGCCCUCAUGGGUGCCGAAUUGGGCUGUUCAACGCUACGCAGCUCCGUUCCUAACGCUCGACCAGCGGUUUUCCCACUCAUUCCAGGCACAUGGGAAAACCUCUCCUUCUUUUCGAUUUGGUUCUGAUGGCAGGAGUCUCGUCACAAAAGGCGUCAUCCUAGACUUCGUCAGCGCCGUAGGCCACCGCUUGGGUGCAAGUGAUCGAAUCUACAGGCCUGAUCGCAACAGCCUCUCUGACAAGCCUUUGGAGGCGGCACAACCCCUAUUGCAUACCUUUCAAACGAAACGCAUGCGCUUCUGCGAGCUCCUCAUCCUGAAUCUCAAGACGUAUCCUACAGGAGAAGACAUUCGCUCUGUCCUCGCCAGAAUAAUGGCACUUGACGCAAAGAUUCAAGUACCCCGACGUCUGUAUGACGAGACAGCUCAGGAAGGCGCAGAGGAGGAGCUCGACCUUGUGAAGGCAUAUCCCAUGUGGCGGAGUCGGUUUGCCACCUUUCCAUUCGAAAGCUCGAGAGUCCCCGAAGAAGGCUCCCAGAAUCAGGAAGCCGCCAUGGCCAUGGCCUACCACCAAGGUGUUUCAUGGCCGGCAGGAGGACGUCGGGUAUUCACCACGAAGAAU